UCUCUCCUACGCUCAUCGACCAAACCGAAACCCCCCCGUCUCGUGCCCCGAAACCCUAGCCGCACGAGCGAACCCUCUCCUCCCCCUCACCCAAGGCGAUGGCGGCGGAGAACUACUGGAGGUACGCGGACGCGCGCCAGCAGCAGCAGGCCAUGGUGGCGGCCGCGGCCGCCGCGGCCGGGAUGGCGCCGGCCGCCACCGCCGCGCAGGCCGCCACGGUCGCGGGGGCCAUGGCGCAGCAGCACCACCACCAGCAGCAGCAGCACCAGCAGGUGGCGCAGAUGGCCCAGCAGCAGCACCACCAGCAGCAGCACCAGCAGGCCGCCGUCGCUCCGUCGCUCAAGCGCGCCCGCCCCGACUACGUUGAUGGGCCUGGAGGACAAGAUAUGGCUGGAUAUUACCCGCGUGAAAAUGCUGGUUACCAUUCACUUAGAGACAAUGAAGUACUUGGAGCAUCUUAUGAUCGCUACUUACGCAAUGGGGUGCCUGCUGUUGCCGUGAAUGAGCCAAGUAGAGCUGUUGUUGGUGGGAUGGGUGGUGCUGGGAUGGGUGGCGCUGGGAUGGUUGGUGCUGGAAUGAGUGGAUAUCCUGGUGAUGAACGCCGUAUGAUGGGUGUUGUUGGUAUGGAUAGCAGAGGCAUGGGGUAUGGUGCAAGGCCUGAGCCUCCUCUGCCACCAGACGCAUCCAACACUUUGUACAUUGAAGGCCUGCCUGCAAACUGCACACGCAGGGAGGUUUCACAUAUAUUCCGCCCUUUUGUAGGUUUUCGUGAAGUGAGGCUUGUCAACAAGGAGUCAAGACAUCCUGGUGGAGAUCCUCACGUCCUGUGCUUUGUUGAUUUUGAUAGCCCUGCCCAAGCUACUAUUGCACUUGAAGCUCUGCAAGGUUAUAAGUUUGAUGAACAUGAUCGUGAAUCAGCCCAUUUGCGGCUUCAAUUCUCGCGCUUUCCUGGUCCGAGGUCAGCUGGUGGGCCUCGUGGUAGGCGUUAAAUCGUGCGGGUCAGGCGAACCUAUCGUUUAUACGAGCGAUGAAACCUCCGUGGCGUAACGCUUUCCGCUGAUAUCUCCGCCGGUGGUUUGUAGGGUUCGUCAGCUCAUGUUGCCAAAUUGUGAAAAGGACGACGCAAUAAUCUCGAUAUUCUGUAUCCAGUAGAUUGUCGUGUUGGAUGUUAGAACUGGAACUUCGGGUUUAAUCCUCUAUACUGUAUCUGCCUUAGUGUUUAUGGUCGACUAUAUUUUAUUA